GACGGCCAUGGUGGUGAUUCACUGCCGCUACCGGCUUCGUCUGGGUCUCGAGCUCGUGUGGGGCUGGGGGGGCCGGGGCGCGGCUCCGCGGGAGCCGUGCGCGUGGUUGCGGUGCGCCAGCCGUCUCCCUCCAGGGAGGACGAAUUCGUCGACUUGGAAACAGGUAUUAACCACCACAGUGCAGCAGGUAGGGCGUCUGCACGUCCAGUUUCGGAGACGAAUGGACUUCUCUCGCGCGCUGCUGAAAGCGUUGCUAGCGCUGCUAGCAGGUUUGGUGAGGCUGUUGACCGGUGGAAUGCAAAUGCAGAACGGUGGAAUGCAAAGGCAAAACGCGAACUUGAGGACGAGCGCGUGUUUAACGCCUUCGAGCAGAAACUCGCCGACUGUUGGGACAAUAAUUCCG